UGGGUCAUCAGGCAUUGGAUUGUCUGGCUCGACAGCGGGCAUCGGGUCACCAGGCAUGACAGCGGGCACUGGGUCAUCAGGCAUUGGAUCGUCUGGCUCGACAGCGGGCAUCGGGUCACCAGGUAUGACAGCGGGCACUGGGUCAUCAGGCGUGAUAGGAUCAUCAGGCUGGAUCAGUUCAUCAGGCUGGGUACAGACAUCAGGCUGGGUACAGACAUCAGGCUGGGUACAGACAUCAGGCUGAAGUGCGGGUGCCGAGGCACCAGGCUGAACCACGGAAGGCAGGUUCUCAGAUGGCCGGCUCACCGGUUUGGAUACUGGCAGGAUGGUACUGGUUGGAAAGAAUUUUCGCUUUUUUCUGGUUUUAACUACUGGAGCACUGCAAGUAAAUGCAGGUCUGCAAACGAAUGGAGCAGCUGA